AUGGGGCCAACUCGUCACCUCGCAUCUGGUAUUCUCAAUCUUGAAUCGUCAACAGCAACCAUUUUUGCUCCUUCGGAAUCUGCUUUCGCUCAGUCAGGCCAGUCUUCUCUUGUCCAACUUCAGUAUCAUAUCUCCUCAACAGGACUCUCCGCUGAAACCCUCAAGAUCCUUCCUUCCGGUGCAAGAAUACCUAAAUUGUCGUCGAAUUAUUCUUUGAUCGGAACAGAUGAUUUCUUUGAUCCAUCUUUUGAGAUCCUUCCUUGUUUUCCUGUGGAGCAUGAUGCUGAUUCAUUUUACAAAGAGGCAAGUUUUGAUGUUGAUCUUUACGAUCAGGCUUCGGAUUUGUUGAUGUCCAGGGGUUAUACAAACAUGGCCACGUUUCUUGGUAUCCAAUUAGGAGGGUUCAGUCCUCGGACAAGAUUGACAAUCUUUGCAUCAGUUGAUGAAGCAAUAGAAGCGGGCAUAAGAUCUUUUAGCGGGUAUAUUCCGGAGACAUGUAGUUCCCAGUUUGGUCUACUUUUCGCAAAAGGGUUCAUGAUCAAUGUGACCAAAUCAGGAGAUAUCGUUUUCCUUAAUGAUGUUCCAGUGAUCUUCCCGGAAAUGUAUAAUAGCCAUUGCCUCAUCGUACAUGGCCUUACUCAGUUGAUAAUGCCACCAAAAAGGCAAGAAUUAGAAGAAGAAUCUUUAUCAGAACUUAGGGAUUACGGGCAGAAUCUGCCAAAUUUUGAUGAGUAUGGAGGGCCAUAA